GUUUCUCCGCAUUGCAAUCAGUGCACUAAGAUGAGCCUGAAGUAACCCUAUGACACAUAUCUGUAAUGACAUCAUCAAGUGCUUACCUUAAUGAAGGCAUGAUGGCUCCACAACACCAACAGACCAUAUCAUGUUCUUUUUGUCUUCUUUGUAGUUCAUCAUGUUGUCAAAAGAACAUAACAACGAGACAGUCACAAAAGAAUUCCUUCUCAUUGGAUUCUCCAUUCUGAAAGAGACAAGAUAUUAUCUUUUUAUAAUCAUUUCAAUUAUAUAUGCUGUUACAUUAACAGCCAAUGUCAUUAUUAUUAUCAUUGUCAAAAGUGAAAGACGUCUUCACAAGCCUAUGUACUUCUUCAUUGGUGGACUGUCCUUCCUUGACAUCUGGUACCCUUCAGUCACUGUCCCCAGGCUCUUGUGGUCUCUUAAAACUAAAGAAGAAACUAUAUCCAGUGCUGGGUGCAUGGCACAAUUUUAUUUCCAUUUUUCUCUUGGAGCAACUGAAAUCUUCCUCCUUACCGUGAUGGCUUAUGAUCGUUAUGUGGCCAUCUGCAAACCUCUUUACUAUUUAAAUAUUAUAAGUCCUAGAGUUUGCACCAUACUCAUACUUGGUUCCUGGGCCUGUGGUUUUCUUGCAGUGAUUACUCCAUGUGUACAGAUUGCAAACCUUUCAUUUUGUAGGGAGAACCAAAUUGAUCAUUACUACUGUGACUUGGCCCCCUUGCUUAAACUGUCUUGUUCAGAGACUUCGAACAUUGAAAAGCUGUUUUUCUGCCUUAGCUUGUUUAUAAUAUUGGGAUGUUUUUUCCUAAUUAUUAUCUCCUAUAUUUGUAUAAUACAAACAACUCUGAUGUUUCCGACAGCUUUUGGAAGACGCAAAACAUUUUCCACUUUUGCCUCACACCUUAUUGUUGUUUUGCUAUUUUAUGGCACCAUCAUCUUUAUGUUUGUCAGACCCAGUACUGGUGGCCUCAUGCAUCUUAAUAAAAUAGUUUCCAUCAUCCCUUCAAUAGUAACUCCUCUUUUAAACCCAAUUAUCUACACUUUGCGCAACCAGGAGGUACACAAUGCCAUGAAGAAAACUGUUCAAAGAUUUGUUUUGCAAUAA